AAAAAAAUAGAAAAGUACCAUCUUGGAUUGAAUUAGGGUUUGUCUUUCUGCUGGAAACAAUUCCCGACAUUACACACGCUUCCUAAUUCUUAUUCAUCUCAUUUCAAGGCUUUAGGGUUUUAGGUGCGAAAAUCUAUAGCCAGUUAGAUCGUUUGGAAGCCUGAAACAAACGAUGCCUCCACGAAUCGUGAAGCGCGGAGCUGCGGCAUCUGGAUCUAAGAGGGGCGGUAGAGCCGCGCGAGGUACCAGCAAGACCCAGAAUCAGCAUCCCGAAGCUGCCGAUGAGGUACUCAAGAUAGAGGAAGGGACAAUCAUCGAUGAAAAGCCUGUUGUCCAGGAGAAGCUGGAGGUUGACAGCAAGCCGGUCGUUGAAGAAAAGCCUGCUGAUGAUGGUUCCAAAUCGGACGUUAAGAGCUUGUCGUCCUUGAAAAAAGGUGAAGAAGCGAAAGAGUCUGUUGAGGAUUAUGAAAAGGAUGAACGGUUAGAGCUUGAUGAUAAUGAGCCUGAAUACGAACCUGAAGAAUAUGGUGGUGAAUACUACGAUGAUAAGGAAAUUGAUCAAGAUGAUGACCAAGGGGUUGGGGAGGAAGGAGAGGAAGAGCUAGAGGAAGAUAAUGGAGAGGAAGAGGAGGAUGAUCUGGUCGAGGAGGAGGAACUGGAGGAGGUUCCUGAAGAAGUUGAGGUUGAAGAGGAUGAUGAGCAUGCUGGUGAAGAACAUAUUGAGAUGGAUGCAACUGAAGAGGAUGAGCACCAUGAAGUUUUUAAGGAGAGGCGCAAGCGUAAGGAGUUUGAGGUCUUUGUUGGUGGUCUGGAUAAGGAUGCCACUGAAAGUGAUCUUCGGAAAGUUUUCGGACGAGUUGGUGAGAUCACUGAAGUGCGACUGAUGAUGAAUCCCCAGACAAAGAAAAACAAAGGGUUUGCAUUCCUGCGGUUUUCUAGUGUUGAACAAGCCAAACGGGCUGUUAAUGAGUUGAAGAAUCCAGUGAUUAACGGGAAACAUUGUGGUGUUAGUCCUAGUAAAGACAGUGACACCCUUUUCUUGGGUAACAUCUGCAAGACAUGGACAAAAGAAGCUUUGAAACAGAAAUUGAAACAUUAUGGAGUUGAUAAUGUUGAGGACUUGACCCUGGUUGAAGAUAGUAACAGUGAAGGGAUGAACCGAGGGUUUGCUUUUCUGGAAUUCUCAUGUCGGUCAGAGGCCAUGGACGCCUUUAAGCGUCUGCAGAAGAGGGAUGUUUUAUUUGGAGUUGAUAGGCCAGCAAAAGUCUCUUUUGCUGAUUCCUUCAUUGACCCGGGGGAUGAAAUAAUGGCACAGGUCAAGACUGUAUUCAUUGAUGGUCUUCCUUCUUCAUGGGAUGAGGACUAUGUCCGGGAACUAUUAAAGGUGUAUGGAAAGAUUGGGAAGGUUGAACUUGCUAGAAACAUGCCAUCAGCCAAGCGGAAAGAUUUUGGUUUUGUCACCUUUGACAGUCACGAGGCUGCAGUAACCUGUGCUAAAAGUAUUAACAAUGAAGAUCUUGGGGAAGGAGAGAAUAAGGCUAAAGUUAGGGCUCGGUUGUCAAGGCCUCUUCAGAGGGGAAAAGGGAAACAUUCAAGCCGUAGAGAUGUUCGUCCUGGACGCGGAACUGGUAGAGUUAGCAGCAGGGGUCCAUGGGUUCGGUCUGCACCACGUAGCCUUCCAUCCCGUUCGGUGAGAAUGACUGGAAAUCAUAUACCGCCACCCUCUGCGAAAAGGCAUGCUGGAUUGCGUGAACGCCGUGCCCCUGUGAUGUCUCAACCAGCAAGAAGCAGGCCUCUGGCUCGUCCCCCUCGGUCCUAUGAUAGAAGGGCACCUGUUCCAUCAUACCCGAAGAGUAGCUUGAAAAGGGAAUAUACUCGCCGUGAUGAAGUACCACCGCCAAGAAGCCGAGCUGCCAUUGAUUAUGGUUCCAGGGAUAUUCCUCAGAGACGUCAAUCCUACAGAGAUGAAUAUUCCUCACGAGGUUCUGGGUACCCUGAACUUCCUAGAAGUAGUUCUCGUGGAUCUGCCAGGAGAGCUUAUGUGGAUGAUGCCUAUGCUCAGAGAUUUGAGAGGCCCCCUCCAAGUUAUCGUGAAGGACGUGCUCGUGAUUAUGACUCUUUCUCUGGUUCAAAACGUCCUUAUUCUGUUAUGGAUGACAUUCCUCCACAUUAUGCUGAUUCUGGCCCUCGUCAUUCGAGGGCUCGUGUAGAAUAUGAACUCGGUCCUGCUUCUUCUCAAUAUGGGGAUGGCUAUGGUGAUAGUCGACUUGGCAGAUCGAACUUAGGAUAUGGGAGUGGCAGAAGUUCCAUGUCCAGUCAUGAUUCACAUGGGAUGUAUGGAGGGCGACAUGGUACAACUUAUGGAGGUUCUUAUGGGAGCAGUGAUGGUGGUGGACUGUACCCUUCGAAUUAUGGUGGUGAUUGCAUGUCCCGAGGGAGUGAUGUUGGAGGUAGUUCUUACUCAUCAAUGUACUCUAGUCGUGGGAUUGGCGGCAGCAGCAGCGGUUACAUGGGUUCUGGUGGUCAAGGAUCAUAUUACUAAUAGGCUGUUCUAGGAUGUUGGCAAUUUGGAGAUUUAAGCUUUGACCUUUGAGGUUCGUACACUAUGGAGAAAGCAAGAUUGGGAAGCUUGGCUCCAGUAUCUUGCCACAGAAGUUAACCAGAAGUUGUUGUAAAGAAAAAAGGACUGAUUUGGCUCAUGUCCUGUGAUCUACACGCUGGAUACUUUAUAAAGUUUAUGGUGUAACUCCAGCUGUGUAGAACUGAAAAUGAGACCCCUAUCGUAUUUAUGUAUUUGUUGAUCCUUUAUUUCACUAUUAAGUUCACAUCUGAUGGAGACAGCACACUUAGAAAGAGGCUGAGGUUUCCCAGUGUUGCAAAGAAUUUCAGUUAUGUUCACACGGGAGCAAUUGGAUUUGAUGGAGUGCUGUUGGGCUGCAUUUGAUGUACUUUUUGAAGUGUUUCAUGCUAGCCUUGAAUAUUAAAGGGAACCAAGUAACUGAACUUUGUGGGAACUCGGGAAGUACAACCCAUAUACAAGCAAUUCUUGUGCUUGGGACACUAUCUGAACUCUGAAGUGUACAACAACGGAUUGGCAUACUUGUCAAGGAAGUUCAUGGGUUUUGUUGAGGAUAAAGUGGUCUAAAAUUUCCAUUUUGGCGAAUUUUCAUUGCGAAUUAUGAGAUGAUGCAAUGAUGAGUAAUUAGGAAGGAUGUGGACAUGCACUCUAUCCAUUGCUUUUAGACUGGAUCAGUUAGCUGAGUCUUGUAGUUUCUCCUUUGUUGUACAUUGAGCAAGUUCGAAACAUGCGUGGGAGUUUAGGGAAAAGACUGUUUUCUGGCUUCUUGAGGUUCAUUUGUUGCAUGAUGCUCCACCUUAAGGUUCAUUCAGCUGUAUGUUUGUGAUUUAUAGCAG